CCCUCAGGUCUAUUUAAUAACAGGACCCUGAUGAGUUCAUCACUUGCAGUUCAUCAUGGCAUCAUUCCUCAGAUUACUGUGCGUCCUCUCAACUCUAACAGCCACUGGUUUUGCUCUCACAUGCAAACAGUGUACGAGUUUUGAUUACGCCUCUUGUUUUGGAGAAACCAUAACGUGCCCAGCGGAUAAUGCUUGUGGAACCACCUAUACAUUUGAGAGUAAUCUUUUUAAGUCAUUUUUCACCACUUGUAUACCUAUGAAGCACUGUAAUCUAAUGGGAAGCAUUAGUAUCACGGACAAGAAGUAUAAGAAGAGCAUUUCCUGUUGUUACACUGAUAACUGCGUGCCACCAAAACCUAAAUUACCUGUUGACAACUUGCAGCCAAAUGGAGUGGUCUGCACAACGUGCCAGGAACUGUUUCCAACAACUGGGUGGUGUAACAGUCAGGAUACCUUGAGCUGCACUGGAAAUGAAAACAGUUGCAUUCUCCAGGUUCAAAAUGGUUUUGACUAUAGCCGUGGUUGUGCUACUGAAAAUAUUUGUUCCCUGGGCACCGAGAUGAUGUCAUCUAACACUAAAAGUGAAUACUCCUGUAAUGCUAAUGCUUAUGCUCCCAGUGGAAGUUUUGGUCUACACAGUAAUCGUAUCAUUCCUUUUACUAUUGCUAUUGCAGUAGCAAUUUUUUUGUAUUAGGGCCUAAUUCAGAGUUGAUCGCAGCAGCAAAUUUGUUAACUAAUAGGCAAAACCAUGGGGGUCAUUCCGAGUUGUUCGCUCGUUGACGAUUUUCGCAAUGGAGCGAUUAAGGCGAAAAUGCGCAUGCGCAUGGUACGCAGUGUGCAUGCGCUAAGUAUUUUAGGUCAAAACUUAGUAGAUUUACUCACGUCCGAACGAAGAAUUUCCAUCGUUGAAGUGAUCAGAGUGUGAUUGAUAGGAAGUGGGUGUUUCUGGGCGGAAACAGGACGUUUUCUGGGAGCGUGCGGAAAAACGCAGGCAUGCCAGGAAAAAACGCGGGAGUGUCUGGAGAAACGGGGGAGUGGCUAGCCGAACGCAGGGCGUGUUUGUGACGUCAAACCAGGAACGAAACGGGCUGAGUUGAUCACAGUGUAGGAGUAAGUGUCGAGCUACUCAGAAACUGCUAAGAAUUUUCUAUUCGCAAUUCUGCUAACCUUUCGUUCGCAAUUCUGCUAAGCUAAGAUACACUCCCAGAGGGCGGCGGCCUAGCGUGUGCAAUGCUGCUAAAAUCUGCUAGCGAGCGAACAACUCGGAAUUAUGUAACAUGUGCAGAGAGAGUUAGAUUUGGGUGUGGUGUGCUCAAACUGAAAUCUAAAUUGCAGUGUAAAAAUAAAGCAGCCAGUAUUACCCUGCACAGAAAUAAAAUAACCCACCCAAAUCUAACUCUCUCUGCACAUGUUACAUCUGCCCCACGUGCAGUGCAUAUAAGGGGUGAUUCUGAGUUGAUUGUAGCUGUGCUAAAUAUAGAACAGCUACGAUCAUCCACAUUGACAUGCAGGGGGACGCCCAGCACAGGGCUAGCCCGCUCCACAUGUCUGACCCUGCCCCGUCGUUGAAGUACAAAAGCAUCUCUCAGCGGCAAUGUUUUUGUACUUCAGGAGUAGCUCCCAGCCAGCGCAGCUUUCGUGUGCUCGCCGGGAGCUACUUGUCGCUGCCUUGGUCCCAGCGGCUGCGUGUGAUGUCACGCAGCCACUGCGGCCCGCCCCCCCGCACGGUCCGGCCACGCCUGCGAUGGCCGGACUGCGCCCACAAAAUGGUGGCCAAAUGCCGCCAUGCCGCCCCCUCCCGCCCAGCGACCACCUCUGCCUGUCAAUCAGGCAGAGGCGAUCGCUAGGCAACGACAGCCGUCGGCUGUCAGCCAUGCGCCGGCGCAUGCACACUUCUGACCUGAACGCUGCGCUGAGAUGAACAGCAGCGCGCAAUCAGGUCGGCAUGACCUCCAUAGUUUUGCCCAUUAGCUAACAAAUUUGCUGCUGCGCUCAGAUCUGAAUUACCCCCUUAGUUCUAUCUCUAAAACGUGAACAACUUUAAAUGAGCAAAAAGUUUGUGAGUUAAAAAAUAUUUUUUUUAUCUUUUUUUAAAACGUUUUAAAAUGUCUACUUUGUAUUUUUAAAGUUUGAGAUUAAUAAUUAGAGCUGAAAAUAAAACAGUAGAAAAAAAAAG